AUGAAGCGCCAUCAUCUAGGCCGUUUCGAUGACUUUCGCUCUUCACCUAAACGACGUCGAGUCCAUGAUCCAUGUGCUGCCCCCAAGCAGCCUGGAAUCAGGCCAGGCUUCAUCGACGAGAAACUGAUCGAGGGCUCACAUUUGCCCGGACGAGUGACCUCGAACAACACGAGACCACUUGCCUCAUCUAUUCCAAUCCUCGCACAGGCCCGCGUGGAUGUCAGUGACUAUGAGCAGACUGACACGGUGCUAGAUUCAUUCGGUACGUUUUCAACCACUCAUGGUCCCCGCCAACUCGCUGACUUGCCCGGAGACCUCGAGUUAUUAGCACAGCACAAGGAUAGCAGAUUAUAUCGAUUUCCAAGCUCAACAAAUUACCCUGAUGCAUCUAGAGAUAGCGCAACACCCGUUCUCUCGACACGACAGGAUCUGCCUGCUCAAAGAUCAUGCUUUUUCGAUCCUCCAUGCCAGAGUAGAGUGCUAAUGGCAGAGGAAAUUCCUCAGAGUUCAGUCCGCUAUCGAGACGAGGCCAGUGUGAAUUUCUCUCGCACAAUUGCUUUGAAAAAUCAUCAAAGCGAGCAUGCAGCUUUGUUCUCUGUGCCAGGCUCCCCGAGCCCGUUGACGGCUAACCGUCCGCAAGAGAACAUCUACCCUUGGCAAAGCAAGAGACAUUUUGGGUCGCACAAUGUGGCCGACAACAGUUGUUCUGCCGUGGACUUGUCAAAUCCCCAGCUAGUGGGCCGCUCAAACCCUGUCACGCAUGCCCCAGGUUAUGCGAGAUCCGAGAAUGCACCUUUUGCACACAUUCCCUUGUCUGUUCGAGGGAUUGUUCUCGUGCCGGUGGCCGACCUACCCGAGAGAUAUCGCACAUUAUUCUCUUUUCCACUCUUCAACGCUAUUCAAUCAAAGUGCUUUCAUCAGGUAUACAACACCAAUGACAAUAUUGUACUUGCUGCUCCUACAGGGAGCGGCAAGACGGUAGUCAUGGAGCUUGCAAUCUGUAGGCUCUUGGGUGUUCUCAAAGAUGAGAGGUUCAAGGUCGUUUAUCAAGCACCGACCAAAUCCCUGUGCUCCGAGAGGUUCCGAGACUGGCAAAACAAGUUUGCAAGGCUGAACCUGAAAUGUGCUGAAUUGACCGGUGAUACUGAUCACUCACAAUUGCGCAGCGUGCAAAGCAGUCAGAUCAUAAUCACAACACCCGAGAAAUGGGAUAGUAUGACUCGCAAGUGGAAAGAUCAUAUGCGGUUGAUGCAGCUCGUCAAAUUGUUCCUUAUUGAUGAGGUUCACAUUCUCAAGGAGACCCGAGGAGCUACGCUUGAAGCUGUUGUCUCCCGCAUGAAAAACAUCGGUUCGAACGUACGAUUUGUGGCGUUGAGCGCAACUGUCCCCAAUUCGGAAGACAUUGCGACUUGGCUAGGCAAAGACGCAACCAACCAACAUGUGCCUGCGCACAGAGAGCAUUUUGGAGAGGACUUUCGACCAGUGAAGUUGCAAAAAUUCGUUUACGGAUAUCAUUCAACAGGCAACGACUUUGUGCUUGACAAAAUCUGCGGGACCAAGUUUGUUCGCACUGUGAUACUCCCUGAGGUGAUCGGAAAACAUUCAUGCCAAAAGCCCAUCAUGAUUUUCUGUUGCACAAGAAACUCAUCUGCAGGGACAGCCAAAGAGCUCGCGAAGCUAUGGACCUCGACCAACCCCCCAGCCCGCCUGUGGAAAGGCCCCGGCAAGCACAUCGAAGUCAUUAAUGACGAUCUCAAAACCACCAUUUCUGCAGGAGUGGCGUUUCACCAUGCCGGCUUAGGCGCUGCUGACAGACGUGCGGUUGAGAAGGGCUUCCUCGAAGGACAGAUCAAUGUCAUUUGCUGCACCUCAACUCUCGCCGUAGGAGUCAACCUACCUUGCCAAUUGGUGAUUAUCAAGAAUACAGUAGGUUGGCAAGAUGGCGGAUGCAAAGAGUAUUCCGAUCUUGAGAUGAUGCAAAUGCUUGGCCGUGCGGGACGACCACAAUUUGACGAUACGGCGACUGCCGUCAUUCUCACGCGUAAAGAUCGAGUUGUCCACUAUGAGCGCUUGAUCUCCGGCACUGAAAGUCUUGAGAGCUGUCUUCAUCUCAACCUUAUCGAGCAUUUGAAUGCAGAGAUUGGCCUGGGAUGUGUGUCGGAUGUCCCAUCUGCAAUCAAAUGGCUCGCAAGCACCUUCCUUUUCGUACGGCUCCGGAGGAACCCCGGUCACUAUAAGCUUCAAGAGGGAGCUAGCCAAGAUGACGAAGAUAGCCUUCUCAGACAAAUUUGUGAAAAAGACUUUCGGCUCCUGCGAGAGUGUGAACUCAUCGAGAUUGAUAGGGUGCAAACAACGCCCUUCGGGGACGCGAUGGCUCGGUACUACAUUCGGUUCCAGACGAUGAAGAAGAUGUUAUCUUUGGGGCCGAAAGUGGGGGUUUCUGAAAUAAUGGAUAUCAUUUGCCAAGCUGAAGAAUUCCAUGAAUGCCGACUCAAAGUCACUGAGAAGGCACUCUACCGGGAAAUAAACAAGGAUCCCGGCAUAAGAUUUCCAAUCAAAGCCGACGUCACAUUGGCAUGGCACAAAAUCAAACUCCUCUUGCAAUCAGAGCUCGGUGCAAUCGAGUUUCCAACGAGUGAUUACCUGCAAAAAAAAAAGUUCACUUUUCAACAAGAAAAAAACCUCGUAUUCGGCCACGUCAACCGGCUUAUUCGUUGUGUCAUCGACUGCCUAAUCGCUAAAAAUGACUCCAUAGCCGUACGUAAUGCUCUUGAGCUGGGUAGAAGCUUCGGUGCAAAGGUCUGGGACCAUUCUCCGCUUCAAAUGAAGCAGAUCGAACAGAUUGGCAUUGUAGCAGUUCGAAAACUGGCGGCCGCUGGGAUCAAGGACAUUGAGGAACUUGAGGCCACCGAGGCGUCUCGAAUUGACAUGAUUCUCAGCAAGAAUCCUCCUUUCGGGUUCAAACUCUUGUCGAGGUUGAAAGAAUUUCCAAAGCUAAGAGUCACAAUGAGAGUCUUAUCAAAGAUGGUCGCUUGGUCGAUUUUCGACGCGUCAGGUCAGUGUGCCUUCGACAACCUUUCGCAAAUAUCGCGCUCACAGCAGACUUUCAGUGCUAGUAAGCUCCAAGACGGUAUCAGCGUCAACCUCAUGGCAGAAAUCACAUCUUCAGAUCAGAGCAUCUUUUGCAACAUCAUGUGCGACGAUAUCGCUGGAACCUCCCGGCAAGCUGAGAUCAAAGUUGAUCUCCCAUCAAAUUUUGUUUCGCAGUCCCAGGCUCACCAUCCCUCUGAUGUCUCAGAGGUUCGGGAUUCGCAUGAUGAUGAUGCACCUGGUCAUAGUCAUGCGAUGGCUCGAGUCCCUUCCAUGUGUGAAUCCACCUGGACUGUGACUGAUGAUGAUGGUGAGCGAGAGGUUGAUUACCCACCCAUAGUUGAGAUUGCCAGACGUACUUCAAAGGCCACCUUUGAUGCGCUUGACAAUGUCAAAUGGGUUCCGAUUGAUCAACAUUCAAGCCCACGAGAAAGAACACCGGACGCCCAGCAGACAGAUAUCCUGCGGCAAUCAGCAGCUCCACAGGACUUUGCAACUACGCCGCCGCUCAUCACGGAGCAGAUGGCAUUCAUGUCAGGACGGAAACACACGGAGAAAACUGCAACCUCGCCAACUUCCCCAACUGCGCGGAAAUUUUCAAAUAACAACGGCGCAGGUGUUGAAAACAGUGAUGGCGAAGAAGCUGGACCGGUGCCAGUCCGCCUCGCAAAUGGAAACUGGGCCUGCAAUCACAAUUGCAGGGAUAAAUCAAAUUGCAAGCAUCCGUGUUGCCAGGUAGGGCUUACCAAGCCGCAAAAGCCAAGAAAGCGAGACAAGCCCAACCAUCAAGCCGGCAAACCCAGUCAGUCCAGGCUGAGGAUUUCGUUUGUUAAUGAGACAAUCUCCGUGGUCACUGGCAAGGACAAGGAGACAAGAGUGAAGGUGCAGCCUAGCUCGUCUGCAAAGGCAAAAGGCAUUCUGAAAAAACGUGGACCAAAGCCUGGCCAGGGUAAUCAAAGUGCCAAGCAAAGCGGGCUCUGUUCGAAAAGAGAGGCCGUCGAGAAUGAAAAACGACGCCGGACGCAGAACAGCGAGUUUGAUGAUGAUGACCUGGAUGACUUGCCAUCUCUGACAGAUGUAAUGAUGACCUCUGGACCUCACGGUCAAGCUACCGUGUCGAACGACAUGGUCGAAGAUUGUCAAAACAACUGGAAGCCUUACCCAGCAAGUCAUUCGGUAGCAAAGUCAGACGACCUGGAGCGGUCUCCCCUCUUCUCAUCUCGGCGAGAAAUGUCUUUGCUGUUGAACGAGUUCACUCCUGAGGCGGAGAAUAGCUUUGUCUCCCUACCUCCUGCUGUGAGGAGCCCGCCGACUGAGACAGCCAUGUCGGCCUCAGGCGACAACACCCAUCUCGAGAACAGUGAGAUGAGUAGCACAUACGAGGUCAGCGCGGCAGACAAUGCUGGGGCAUGGCAAGAGGGCACGAACUCACAAUACUUGCUGCCACCCCUGGGAAGAGAGCCAAGUCUCACAUACCUUCACCCGUUGGGCACCCUCGAGCCUCCAGUGCCUUCACCAACUAGACAAUCCCUUGCCAACAGCUCUCCUGAAUGGGUUGAUAUGGCUCGAUUACUGUUGGAGGAGUUGAAGAGGGACACUCCUCGCCAGUGA